ACAUUUUAUAUGCUUACCUUUAAGUCCUGCAUUUUGGAGAAGUUCUGACAAAGAAAACAGCGGUUGCGGCUUAGCGGGUUCCUGCGGUUUGCGACACCGCCAUGGCGCAUCGCAGGAGGUGCAGGAAGUGAGCAGCGCCAGGUCGUCCCGUGGCAGGAAUUCCUUUGGCCCGCACCGCCCUCGUCUUCCUGGUCCCGAAAGCCUCGCUUUCCAGGGCCGUCGGGGCCUCUGAACCUCAGGACUCCUGCGGUUUACACGCACUGGCCCCCGCUCUCUGCGGCGCCGUUCACUGCGCCUGUGGAGAUUACUCCAGGGGGCUUUGAAGUAGGAGAGAGGUGGGCCCUGCUAGCCUCUGGCCUCGGAGCAGCCGCCGACUCAUUCCCCUUUCCCGCCCUGGGCUCCACCCUCGGGUCACCGGGCCCGGAGGACGCGCGGCGGCUGCGGAGCGCGCGGAACUGGCAGUUCGGCGCCAGAAACCUGUUUUUCCUUCUGCGAAGGACGCCUUUGGCCCAUGAGCAAGCUGGGGAGGUCCCUGAGUGAGUCGCAGGUGCAGGCCUGGGAAGCAGAAGAGGAUGACAUGACAGAAGGCGAUUUAGGGUAUGGCCUCGGCAGAAGACCCGGUGGCAUUUACGAGGUGCCAGGUCCACGGUUAUUCGCGUCCAGAAAAAGAUCCAACGAAAAGACCUUUAGCCCUCCCCCGUUUCCAAGAAAGGGGGAAGAGAGAUGUGGAGCCGUUUUUCACUUUCCCCAGCAAAAGAGCUUGCCUGAUACCUUCCCGCCCGGGCCCGGACGCCCCAGCUGCAGACGGCAGAGCAGCACUGGUACUAAUUCAGAAUUGUCGAACGAAGAGUUAAGGCAGCGUCUUCUUGAAACUUUAGAGGAGGUAGAAAUUUUAAAAACUGAACUUGAGGCAUCCCAAAGACAACUUGAAGGUAAAGAGGAAGCAUUGAAAAUUCUUCAAAGCAUGGCAAUACUUGACAAAGCCACAAGUCACACCCAGACAGUGCUUCAGAAAACUGUGGAACAAAAGCGAUCCUUAGAGAAGGAAAUAAAUGCCUUGCAGUGGGAAAUAGAAUUUGAUCAGAAUAGAUUUAAAAAUAUAGAGGAGUCUUGGACCCAAAAAUACGACAGACUAAAUUGUGAAAAUGCAGUCCUUAAGGAAAAUUUGAAACUGAAAAUAGAAGAAAUUAAAAUGCUAAAGUCUGAAAAUGCUGCUUUGAACCAGCGGUAUCUGGAGGCCCUCGCCAUGCUUGAUGUCACACAGCAGAAGAUGGCUCAGGAAAACCCGUGCGCCCAUCCAGGAGGCUCCACAGAGGUUUCCAGUCUCGAGUUUCUCUGGAUCAGAUACUUGAAUAGCGAAGUGCAGGGGUGUGUGCGGGUGCCCCUUUGUGGCAAGGGCGAGAGCAGUGUGGCACUUAUGGUGGGAGUCGUGCUUUUGGAUUUAAAGCUCGCGGUCCUUGGAGCCUGCUGUUGUGAUGAUCCUGGGGAGAGGCCCUGUUCCUGUGCCCGAGUGGCAGCAUCCGCCCGGAAGUUGCUUCUGCAGCUGAAACACGAGUUGGAACUUUUGCAGAAGAGUAAAGAAGAAGCUUACAUAAUGGCAGAUGCAUUCAGAAUUGCCUUUGAGCAGCAAUUAAUGAGGAAAAACGACCAGGCACUAAGACUGACACAAGUGGAUACAAUGUGGCAAAAGGCAGCAAAACGGAUAAAUUGGAAGCACCUUACAGAGAAUGGGCUCGUAUCACAGAGGAGUAAGAAGACCUUAGCACAGAAACUACUGGACAUGCUCCCUUUGGAAAACAUUUCCAGGAGGACUGAAGACCGGGAUCAGCCACAGGAAGUCUUCAAGAUGCUAAUAGAUUUGUUGAAUGAUAAAGAAGAAGCUUUGGCUCAUCAAAGGAAAGUUAGCUACAUGCUUGCCCGUGCAUUGGAAGACAAAGAUACUAUCUCAAAAGAGAAGAAAGAAAAAAAUCCUGUGAAAGCGAAUUUUCCAUUCAAAAACUCCUGGCGUAGAACUUCACAGCUCCCUGUUCCGUGCGAUCCUGUACCUUCAAGCGUCCCAAUGUUUAAAUCUGCGGGCUGCAGCUGUUCAGUCCAGCACCCUCUACCAGCUCCCGACUACCCAAGAACUCUUAAAAGGUCCUGUUCUUUGCCAUCAGGUAUCACACUUGGAAGACAAAGCAGUUGAAAGGAGAACCGGGAGCCGUUUAAUGCAAGAGACUUUGACAAAGGACAGUGUAAAUGCCCCUAGGUAUUGCAAGGCUGUGUGCCUUCUGGAUGUCUACAUAUUAGGAGACAGCUUAAAUGAAGCUUUUUCUGUGGGACAUUUAUUAGGUGCCAGUGCUGUGGUGUACCAGGUAAAGCCUCUGCCUGCAAUGCAGGUAUCCCACAUAGGCACCUGCUGCUCCACUUCUGAUCCAGCUCUCCGUUAAUAGCCUGGAAAAGCAGUGCAGGAUGGCCCAAGUGCUUGGGCACAUGUACCCAGGUGGGAGACCUGGAAGAAGCUCCAGGCUCCUGGCUUCAGAUUGGCCCAGCUCUGGCCGUUGCAGCCAUCUGGAGAGUGAACCAGAAGAUGGAAGACUCUGUC